AUGGUCCAGAAGCUUUAUUAUGAGCAUAAAUAUUAUACUCUGCAAGAUUAUGAGGAGGAAAUAGUUUAUGAGAACGGAGUUGUGGCCUCCACCUCAACCGUGGCCAUGGAGGCAGAUGGUGGCCAUAGUGGAGGCCCCAUAGGCUGCCCAUAUGUCAGAAUCUAUGAGAGCAACCAGGGCCAGGAUAGCGAGAGGGACUCUGAGGAAAGUGAUGCCAACGUGAGAGAAAGCAGUAGCCACCCGGAUUCCUCUUUGGAGCUUGACCCGGAAGAACUGAACACCUCAGAGGCUGAUGUGGCAAGGGUUCCUCAGAGGCACCUGGGUCGUCAAAACCUCUUCCGUUUCACACCGCACCAGAUGAAGAAAAUGGAAAGCGUCUUUAAAAAAUCACAGUACCCAGAUUUGGCUGCCAGGGAAGAACUUGCGAGAGCUCUGAAAGUGCCUGAAGUGAAACUGAAGGUGUGGUUUGCCAAACGACGAGCCAAAGAGAGGAAGAAAGAAACACUCGUACUGAUAGAACACACACCUCCUGUUGAAGACAUCAUUAUACUUAGGGACAUUGAGGAAGAUUCAUCCUAG